CUCAUACGUAGCUCAGCUUCAACUCGGGCCUAGCUCCCCUUUUUCCGCACCUUGCCAUGGGAGACGCAGACACAGACUGGGACGGGAGAGUAAGCUAAGGGAGGUACGCGAGCGAGGGGUAGCUCCUUCCGGGUUUCCUCUUGUCUUUCAUAUUUGAGCUCUCUGGCUGCACUUCUUACUUCUUCUACCUCCCUUUCUACCUUACUACUCAUCACAACAUCACCACCUCGAAAGCUUCAAUCGAAUCAAUCGACGACUCGUCAUCAUCACCAAUAACCCUCCCAUAAACCACUAAACACACACACACAUCACAAUGUCUUUCCUCAUCGAAGCCACCGGCCGUCGUCUGGCCACCGUCCCCCGUGUCAUCCCCAGAGCCGCCGUCGCUGCCCCCAGAACAUUCACCACCUCCUUUGCCGCGCAAAAGUCGGCAACAGAGACCGUCAAGGAUGGUCUGAAGACUGUCGACCGCAAGGUUAGCGACAAGCUUGUCGAUGGCAUCAACGCUGGUGCCAACGUCGCCGAAAAGGUCAAGCAAAACGUCCCCAACACCCAGGGCGAGGCCGCCGGCAAGGCACAGGAACUCAAGGGCGAGGCUGCCGGCAAGGCGCAGGAGCUCAAGGGUGAGGCCAAGGGCAAGGCCAACGAGCUUGCUGGCAAGGCCAAGGGUACCGCCGACCAGGUCAAGAAGAACCUGUAAACUUCCCACACUCAAUGAUUCUUCCAACAAAAAAUUCCCGGGAAGGAAAGAUGUAUGACGACGAUUUCUGAGCAUGCGUUAUGAAAGGCCGCUGGAGGACUGGGAAUGUCCCACGCGCGAUCUUACUUGUACACUACCACUACUACCUCAUAGCAUGGAAAGGGGUUCGAGGGUGACUCCGUGGGGCGUUUUAGCAAGGUCAAAUCAAUAUUGCGAUUGACUAC